AUGACAGAGCUCCCUUCAGGAUGUCCUCCCUCGUGGAGAAAGGAAGGUGAGAACACUUACCGUCAGUCAUAUGGCUUCCAGGAAGCCCUCUACAAUGCCAUCUCUGCGCCCCCGGGAUCGCCAGCCCUUUUCCUCGUCGCCAGCGGGGUCACCUUCAAGCACGUGGCAGGGAAAAACGGAGGCCUUGACUUAGUCUAUCAACUUCGCAGGGCCUGGGUGCAGAUGCGCUACCAAUAUCCUGGUCUGGCUGCCGAGAAUUUGUCGGAUGGAAAGUUCUAUCAGUCUCCGUUGACUCCUGAACAGCAGCAGCAUUGGCUGGACACUACCUUUCUCGUGUUGCCCGGGAGGAAAAUGUCGGAGCAAUGGAGGGACAUGGUCAAGCCAAGGCAGAUGACUCUCAAUUAUUUGCCUGAAGAGCAGGAGCUGUUUCUACAGGGAGAGCACCAUACGCUAGACGGAAGAGGCUUUAUGAGCUUUUGGGAUCGGUUCUUCCAAUUUCUCGCGUCCCCUGUACAGGUGGAUCUGCCUUUAAUCGACGGCUCCGAGAUAGCUCGUCUCCCAUUUCGUUCGGAUGACCUGUUGGACGUGGCGGAGUCUCGCCCAGGAAGGGGCGAACAGCGUGCGCAAGAGAUCCUCGCGCCGCUCGCAGACCUCGAAACACCAAUCUGCGUGCCCGUGUCGCAGCCCCUUCUCCCACACUGUUUGCGCAACUCGGCGGAGCGUCUCAAGGUCAGCGCCAUCCUGUCGAAAGCUAUCAUCGACGCAUGCAAGGCCCAGAACCUGAGUGUCACGGCGAGCUGGCACGCAGCUGUCAUACACGCCACGCAGAUUGUGCAGCGACAGCGCAACGCUGGAACCGACAGGCCGAAUGGAACAAAGUUUGCCACCUUUGGCAACUUUGACCUUCGUCGGUAUUUUCCGUCGACGAGUGACUCGGAGGCUUACUCGGUCGGGAACCAUCAUUGUGUUCUCCCUUGCGUUGUUGAACCUGGUGGCAAGACCUUCGCGCAGAUUGCCAAGGAAGUGUCCCGGUUCUAUCAGCAAGACGUGCCCCGUGAAGAUCCUGAGGUCUGGAGCGCCAUGGGCCCCAUGGUGCGCACUUUGCUCCCAGAGUUCGUCCAGAGGCAACUCCAGGAGACAACUCCAGCGGUAUCGAGCCUCGGGCCUGUCGACAGCUUCAUCAGGUCGUCCUAUGGCCACUCGGCUGAGCAUGCUUCGUGGACGAUCCGGGAUGUUUGGUUUGGUGAUACUGUUACGGGACCGUGGCUAGAAUGUUUCCUGUGGUCUUGGCAGGGCCGUAUUUGUCUCAACACGUGCUACAACUCGGCUUACUAUGCCUACACCGACGUAGACGACUUCAAUCAGUUGGUGCUGGAGGAAAUGAUGGUAGGAUUGGGGGUGCGACUUCAGGGUUUUAUCGGGAAGCUUUAG